CCUGUUUUUCUUCUCAGCACCUCUCCAGCUUUCAAUCAAUUUCGUCUCUCAAAUUUCUGCAAAACCCUAAAUUCAAAAUUCCCAAUUUCAGCACAAAUUCCAGAGAAUCCUCAGCUUCUUUAAUCGAAUCUCCACAAUUCAGCCUCCAUUGAUUUGAAAUUCGGUGCUUCUUUGAGCUCUGAUUCAGUUUCAGAGAUGGACGGCAUUGAAGACGACGAUUCAAGGUACUCUCGCAAAUCUUACCCUCUAAACUUCUCAAACCCUAGAAAGCUUCGCACCCGAGACAACAUCCCUUACGCUGGCCCAAUCCCGACUCGCUACGAAGAAAAAGACGACGAGGACGAGGAAUUGGACGAGCUCGACGAAGAAAUGGACCGACAAGACGACGAGGAAUUCGUCGAUUUCGAGAGGCAUCCGAAGAAGCGGAAGGUGAAGAAUUUUGUUCCGAGCUUCGAGUUCGCGCCUAGGGCUAAGUCCUCUUACGGAGUUCGGAGUUUGGGGGUCGAAAAGGAUUGGACCGAGCGCGCGGUUUUCGUGCUCUUGGAGGUUUGGGGCAAUAUGUUUGUUCAAUUGGGAAGGAGGAGCUUGAGGUUCGAGGAUUGGCAAGAGGUGUCGGAGAAAGUUGCCGAGGUUUCGAAGAUAUCGAGGACGGAGAUGCAGUGCAGAAACAUGUUGGAUAGUUUGAAGAGGAAGUACAAGAAAGAGAAGGCGAGAAUGGAUGAAUUGGGUUUGAAGUCGAGCAAAUGGGCUUAUUUCAAGAAGAUGGAUAUUUUGAUGGCCUCGCCGGCGAGGCAGAACCACGGGCUCGCCUGUGGGGUGGAUUCCGGCGAGUUCGUGUUUGCGAAUACGCGAGUUUACUUGGACCGGUCGAACAGGUUCGAUGAGAUGAGGGACAGUCCCGUCGAGUCGGAGAAUUCAGAUGAGGAAGAUGAUAAUGGGAAUGAUUCCGAUGGGCUUCCUCCGAGGAGGGUGAGAAGUGGUGGUGGUGGUAAUGGAGAGUCGUCUUCAUCGUUUCGGGUGUUGGCGGAUUCGAUUCAGAAGUUUGGAGAGAUUUAUGGGAAGAUUGAGAGCAAUAAGAGGCAGCAGAUGAUGGAGUUGGAGAACAUGAGAAGAGACUUUUAUAGGGAGUUGGAGCUGCAGAAGAAGCAGAUUCUGGAGAGGACGCAAGCUGAAAUUGCAAAAAUACAGGAGAAUGAUGAUGAGGAUGAAGAUGGUGUUGAUGAUAGUGAUGAUAGUGGUGAUUCUGCUGAGGACCUCAGCGAGUGAUGUGGGGUCUGGAGUGGUGCGAAACUUGGUGGCAUCUAAGUCUGCUCCAACUGAAAUGG